AUGGGCAAAUGGCUUCGAUAUAUUCUCUGCGAGAAAGUGAAAGCCAGUGGAAACAUGUCUCGUUCCUUUCUGUGCCUGCUGGUUGUAAUGGCCGUUCUUGCAGUCACGGCAGCUCAGUUCGGUUCAUCUCCUCGUCACCGUAUCGGAGUGUUUGGAUCUGCAAGCGGCAACAACCGACGCAACUUCGGCGCCAACGUAGGCAUCAGGGGAGAAUAUGACGUACAUCGCUUCAGAAAUGGCGGAAAAGUGACGGCCUACGGUGAAGGAUCGCAGAGCUUCGGCCGAGCAAACGGACAGUCGUUUCGAGGAAAGCCACAGGGAGAAGUCGGCAUCCGCAUGACGAUCCCGCUGGGACGUUAGACUUCCGAGACACGUGGACACUUAAAGACAUGUUGUGAGGCACUGUGAUAACGAAGAUUGACUGCCAUAUUGCGAGCAAAUGCACGCGUUCUUUUUUUGGUUCGACCUGUUUAAGGUCUUCGAGCAUUAUAUUUGUGACAUAUGUGUGUUCGUCCUUAGAGAUAUGUAAUAGCAAUAUCAAUUUCUGCGAACCUUGUUCC